AUGGGCCUCCAAUUGCGGCCUGCCUUAGCUCCAGCCCUCGAUGUCUCUGCUAAUACACAAAAUGUCGUCGAAGGUCCCUGGGAAGAGCUGGCCAGAAAGUACUGGCUGAAAAAUGCGCCGACCAGAGUCAAGCCAGAAUUGAUCAAGACGGCGAUUUGGGAUCCUUUGGAGCAGGACCAGUUUGCUUUCCGAUCUCUUGCAGUACUAGAGAAUCUACAGAUCCUUGAGAGAUUUCUUUGGCCUACGUUCUCUGCAGAUUCAUCGAAUCACCAUGUCAUACUCAUCGCAGUCUUCGUCAGUGUCAAACAGAGAGCACGCCUUCAGGAUUGGACGUUAUUUACCAAUCGCCCAGAAGACUUUUCACGCCUGUUUCGUCGAAUACUCUCAUUGAACCUCGAUUCCUCUCUCUCCCUCUCCUCUCGCUCGUCAUUACUCUGCUUUGUCAUUGGCGCGUUUCAAUCGUUGGACAACGAACACAUCCGCAAAGAAUGCGCCCCUCUUGUUUCGAUCUCGACAUGGCACAAUAUACACAAUGAAAGUACUCGAGAACGACUUCUGGAGGCCAGCCCGGCAAGAAGGAAAGCAUGGAGAGCUGCUUCACGAAGGUUUAAUGCGGCGGAUCCAGAGACACAAACUCGACUGCGCUUUGAUCGUGCGUGGUUGUAUUCAAUGCUGAUCGAUUAUCUGACGCGACUCAACGUGUCAAAUAUGAGCAGCUCUCAAGAGAUGGUAUACUGUGAACGAAUGUUAGAGUUUCUGAUAGACCUCGUUAGUCAAUUACCUACGAGACGAUAUACGAAUCCACUCUUACAAGACCUGAACGUCCUACCGAUUAUUCGAACGUCAAAGUCAUUCGAGAAAGAGGAUGCUAUACUCCUGCGCGAUUUGACAAGUCUGUUGGACCAUUUCCAGAGUUUUACUAUCGAUGACUGGGGAAGCACUGAGUCGGGUCGUGAAGGUAUCCGCAAGGCCCACUACGAGGCAUUGGCGAGACUGCAACGAACUGCACUUCAACAUUUCGAGCAGAAACUGAAGGUUCUGGCGUUGUCAAAUUUCGGAUCAAUCACUAAACGAAGCGAACUAGAGUCUCAUUUCGCUCCUUUAUCAGACUCCGAGCUCCAAGACCUAUGUACGCAUCUCGGGUUCCGAACGACGUAUCCGGCGAGCACGGGAUUCACCGCUAAUAGAGCUGUUAUGAUGGAGACUCUCCUGUCCACGUUCUCGAAACCGCGAGAUUUCCAAGACGUGGUGGCUCAAUCGUCGGUCUUACCCACGGCAGAAUCAAUAUACGAUCCUGCUUUGCUGAGGAAUGAUUCAUACGAUGGCUCUCGACCACUGGGGAUUCCUAAAUUGAAUCUUCAGUACCUAACUCUCAGCGACUUCAUGUGGCGGUCAUUUCAGCUCUACCAAGCUGAGGCCUUUUAUGGCAUCCGAAAGGACAUGGAAAGUAUCGUCAAACGAAUGAAACCGAGGGCAGGAAGGGAUCGGAGUACCACGAUAUUCGAAGGGUUUUCGAAGAUGGCUUUACCGAUCACGGAACCGGCAAUCAUCGAGGUCGGCCCCACCAAGGUUGGUCAUCUUCAGCCUUCGUUUGUGCGGGCAGAGGUUAUUCUCGACGUUAACCGCUUUACGGACAGCAUCAGGAGAGAAUGGGAUAGCUUGAAACCCCAUGACAUAGUAUUUCUACUUUCCGUCAAAGUUGUUGACAGUUCCCGACUUCUUCCCAAUGGUAGCCCCAAGGAACAAGAAGGAAAUCACAACAUGUUGGCGGGUUUGAGAGCUGCCGAGGUGGUUCAAGUCUUGGAUGACAAUGGGAGAGCUUUGAGAGAGAUGCAGACAAAUGGGUACUCCUCGAAACCCUGGCGGAGACGUCUCUUACUCGAUAUGGAUCCUAGGACGGAUUCCGCGGCGAAAUCUGCCUCUUUCAAUGUCAUUGCUCGUCGACAGGGUCGGGAAAAUAAUUUCAAACCAGUUCUGGAAACGAUCCGGAAAUUGGUUUCUUCGCAGACAUCACUUCCCUCAUGGCUACAGGAAGUUUUCUUGGGUUAUGGUGAUCCGAAAGGCGCUUCUUUCACGUCUCUUCCCAAUCGCAUCGAAUCCAUCGACUAUCUGGACACAUUUCUCGAUUGGCAACACCUGGUAGAUAGCUUCCCGGGCCAAACUGUCGAGGCUGCUUCAGAGAGGUCGACGCCUCUCAGCCCACCCUUUGUUCUUCGAACGGCUCCGCCAAUUUCAGAUGAGCCACCCGCCAAUCCCAAGAAACGACGUCGGAGUCAGAUGGAGCAAGAUACUUCAACCAUCAACGUCUCAACCUACAAGCCUCGCAAUACAGGACCGUAUCCGACGGAUGUCCGCAAGAAGAACUCAAUCCGUUUCACGCCAAAACAAGUGGAAGCAAUCGUAUCGGGAACGCAACCCGGCCUGACAGUUGUUGUGGGACCACCCGGUACUGGAAAGACUGAUGUUGCUACUCAAACGAUAAAUCUACUCUACCACAACUUUCCAUCCGAACGAAUUCUUCUGAUUGCACAUAGCAACCAAGCACUCAAUCAGCUUUUCCAGAAAAUCAUUGCUCUCGACAUCGAUCCUCGACAUCUCCUGCGCUUGGGUCAUGGAGAAGAAGAACUCGAGACCGAAACAUCAUACAGUAAGUAUGGCCGAGUCGAGUCAUUCUUGGAAAACCGGCAGACGUACCUGUCCGAGGUAAAUAGACUUGCAGCGUCAAUUGGUGCUGAGGGCGCCCAUGGGAGUUCAUGCGAGACAGCGGAUUAUUUCAACCAAGUUUUUGUGAGACCGGCAUGGGCACGUUUCUGGGAUAUUGCGGAAGACGAAAAUGCCACAGUUGAGAAUGUCCUCGCUGCUUUCCCUUUCCACAAAUAUUUCAGCAACGCUCCAGUCGCGACAUUGUUCCCCCCUGAUGCUUCACUUGAAGAGGCGCGCAAUAUUGCUUCUGGUUGCCAGUAUCACAUUGACAAGAUCUUCACGGAGCUCGAAUCAAUUCGUCCUUUCGAAAUCUUACGAAACAAUCGUGACCAAGCAAAUCAUCUCCUCACAAAAGAGGCACGCAUCAUUGCAAUGACAUCAACGCAUGCCGCGAUGAGAAGAUCAGAGAUUGCGGAGUUGGGGUUCCACUACGACACCUUAGUCAUGGAGGAAGCUGCACAAAUUACCGAAAUCGAGUCGUUCAUUCCAUGUGCGAUGCAGAACCCAGAUCCAAAAUCGGGAGAACUUCUCUUGAAGCGAAUCGUCCUCAUUGGAGACCAUUUGCAAAAUUCUCCCAUUAUUCAAAACAUGGCUUUGCGCCAGUAUGCCAAUUUCGAGCAGUCCCUUUUCCUCCGUUUAGUUCGGCUUGGUGUUCCUACCAUCCAUCUAGAUCAGCAAGGUCGAUGUCGCUCGUCGAUUGCUGAACUUUUCAAGUGGCGGUACAACAACUUGGGUAAUCUACCACAUCUUCUGGAGCUGCCCGAAUUUGCACGUGCCAAUGCCGGCUUCCGCCAUGAAUAUCAGUUCAUCGACGUCCCGGAUUACCAGGGCGGAGGUGAACGCGAGCCAACGCCGCAUUUCUUUCAGAAUCUCGGUGAGGCGGAAUACGCUGUGGCGCUAUACCAAUACAUGAGGCUAUUAGGCUACCCAUCCCGAAACAUCUCCAUUUUAGCCACAUACGCAGGCCAACGAGCUUUGAUCCGCGACGUCCUGGGGCACAGAUGCCAAAACAACAAACUCUUCGGCAUGCCUCGCAUUGUGACCACGGUGGAUAAAUAUCAAGGAGAGCAGAACGACUAUGUUAUUGUGUCGAUGACCCGGACUCGGUCUGUGGGAUACCUUCGAGACGUACGCCGAUUGACCGUCGCUCUCUCACGCGCUAGAUUGGGCCUGUAUGUCCUCGGGCGAAGAGAAUUGUUUGAAUCGUGCCUUGAAAUGAAACCGGCCAUGGAUUUGCUGGUGCAGAGAACUGACAAAUUGGUGCUCACGACGGGUGAGAUGUUCCCGACAGAGCGCUUACUCGACGACGACGUGUCAGGUACGGAAAUGGAAGGCGUCGAGCAUCUUGGCCAGUACGUCUUUGAAAUGACCCAGGCCAAGGUCAAGGCAUUGGGUGGGCAGGUCAAUUUGGCUGCUGAAAUGGAGAAGGAUGAGGAUGCUUACGGCAAUGCCGAUGGCGAGGUGGAGAAUGGCCUUGAUGUCGACGAGGGGGAUCCUCUUCAUGAUGCCAUCUAA